AUGACCUUUGAAGCCUUCAAAUUGAAAGGCCUCUCUGAAAAAGUCCGCAACGACUUUAUCAGAGACGCUGGAGAAAGGCUACAGGCACGUUUGGUCAGAGAGGCUGAGGAAAUGGCUAGAAGAGAAGUAAAAGAGAAAGCUCACCUGGAAGAAGAGCAACGAGUUAGAGAAGCUGCAGAAAAGGAUGAUGUUGAAGCUGUUGCUGCCACUGCUGCUGAAGCUGAGGAAAAAGCAAAAGUCGACACUGAAGAAGCAGCACGCAUAGCUGCAGAAGAAGCUGCAAAAGCUAGCGCCGAUGCGCUGACUCAGGGGGAGAAAUCAAACUCCGGCUUCGCCCCUCUGGUCCUAAGAACUCUGGAAGAACUGCAGAAAGAGCAACAGGUUAUGCGAGAAAGAUUGGAUCAUCAAGACUCCGUCAACAAUAAUAUUCAGAACCUGUUGACUCAACUGCUCCAAAGGAUGCCUCCGCCUCCAAACCCUUAG